AAACGAUACGGAUUACACUGGUGUUACAGUGAUUAAUUAUUUUACAAAAUAAACGGCAUCGGAGUACAGCGGCACCACGCCCGCAACGCCUGCCGCGCAACAGCGCAUCUACAGCUCUUCAGCAAAACUUAAAUAUGUCAACAGACACUUUAGAAAGGUUAAUAAACCGCAGAAGUAAUUAUAAAGGCCGUCUAAAAAGAAUUUACAACUUUGUCGACGAGCAAAAGAACCAUGAGAAAAUAUUCGAGCUUCAGACCAGACAAACAGAAAUGGCGGGAUUAUAUGAAAAGUACAAUACCACACAAGAAGACAUCGAAAUGAUAGAUGAUCAAGCAACAAAAUCGCACGAACAAGAGCGAGCUUCCACUGAAGAAAAGUAUUUCUCGUAUGCAGCUAAGAUCGCAGAAAUCCUGAAAGAACACGAACUCAACCGCUCUGCAUCUUCGUGUCAAUCGGUGCUUCAACCCAACUUAAAGCCAUCUGUUACUAAAAUCCCGAAUUUACAGAUUCCAAGCUUCGAUGGAAACCUAACAGAAUGGUCCAGCUUUAAAUCCCUAUUCGAUGGAGUUAUCGACUCGCAUGAGCAACUGACACACCUCCAGAAGUUUCAAUACCUGAAGUCGUUACUACGCGGGGAAGCUGCCGGUCUCAUCGACUCCCUCACAGUUACUGAAGAAAAUUAUCAACAUGCGUUAAGUAUACUUACUAAAAGGUACGACAACAAACUAAUUACUGUUAACUUUCAUUUAAAAAACAUAUUAUCAGUUACAUCUAUUAGUAAGAUUAAUCUUAAAAACUUCCUUACAAGAUUACAACAAAGCCUAGAUUCACUCAAAGCUUUAAAUGUACCAGUAGAUACCUGGGAUUUAAUACUUAUUUACAUUAUUAUUCAAAAGUUAGAUCAGAGUCUCAGAUCUGCCUGGGAACUUGAUUAUAAAUGUGAAGAACUACCAAAGCUCUCACAAUUAUUAGACUUUCUAAAUCAUCGUGCAAGAGCAUUUGAACUUAUGUAUGAUCAGAAUCAAAAUGUCAUGAAACCUAAUACUCAGAUAUAUAAUAAGCCUAAACUGACUCGAGUAUCCACCCAUGUAGGAACGGUUACUUCUAGCUGCAGUCUAUGUAACAUGUCUCAUGAACUUUACAAGUGUCCAUCAUUCCUUGAAAUGAGUGCAGUCAAACGCAAUGAUUAUGUAAAAUCUAAUAAGUUAUGCUUUAACUGUUUAAAACCUUACAGAUUUCAACAUACAUGUUCAAAGAACAGCUGCUCUAUCUGUUCUAAAAAGCAUCAUACAGCUAUUCAUAUUGACAAUUACUCUUUGUCUACAAGGUCUGGUAAUACUGCUGCAAUUGUAGGCAAUACACAAAACAAAUUAACUAAAGAAAAGGUACCUGAUUCCCAAUCAAAGGUAAGUACCAAUAAUUUUAGUGACAACAAACAAGCUUCAGUUAUGCAUUUACACUCAGACCAAGUUCAAGUUUACCUAUCUACAGCUGUUAUUAAAGUUCAGCAAGAUAAUGGUGAAUGGACUACAUGUCUUGCCUUACUGGAUAGCGGAAGCCAAGUAUGUCUAAUCACAAAACAGCUAGCUAACAAGCUCAGCUUACCACUUUCUAACAAGAAAGUUACUGAACAAAUUUCAACAAAGCUACCACAGAAUUAUAUACCACUCGCUAACUUCAAGUUACCUAAAGAAUAUGAAUUAGCAGACCCCACAUUUAAUGUCCCAAAGGCCAUUGACCUGCUCAUUGGUGGACAUUUAUUCUACUCGCUUCUUCUACAGGGCAGUAUACAAUUAGAAAUAUAA